GCUGAGAAGUAGGCGCUUUCCCUCUUCUUCAGCCUCUUCUGCUUAGGAAGGCCGGAUAUCCAUCCAAAGCUGCAGAGAUGUAAGAAGCAGUCAGCGCCCCGGGAUGUUACCCGGUGGCCGGAUGCCCAUGGCAGGGAUGCAGGUGGGCUCUGCCGCGGGACCUCUCUUCGGAACGAGUUCUCCAAUGAGACCUGGAAUGCCGCAGUCCAUGAUGGAUCCCUUCCGGAAGCGCCUGCUGCCUCCGCAGGCCCAGCCACCCUCCGCGCUGACCCAAAGGAGAGGGCUGAAACGGAGGAAGAUGGCGGACAAGGUCCUACCACAGAGGAUCCGUGAGCUGGUCCCAGAGUCUCAGGCCUAUAUGGAUUUGCUGGCCUUUGAACGCAAGCUGGACCAGACGAUCGCCCGCAAAAGGAUGGAGAUCCAGGAGGCAAUCAAGAAACCUUUGACGCAAAAGCGGAAGCUGCGCAUUUACAUCUCCAAUACCUUUACUCCCGGGAAGGAGGACUGUGACGGUAGUGAGCGGAUAGCCUCGUGGGAACUUCGAGUGGAGGGCAAACUUUUGGAUGAUCCGAGUAAGCAGAAGAGAAAAUUCUCCUCCUUUUUCAAAAGCCUGGUCAUUGAGCUGGACAAAGAACUGUAUGGGCCAGACAACCACCUGGUGGAGUGGCACCGGGUCGCCACGACCCAAGAGACAGAUGGCUUCCAGGUCAAGCGCCCGGGCGACGUCAAUGUGAAAUGCACUCUGCUGCUCAUGCUGGACCACCAGCCCCCCCAAUACAAGCUGGACCCCCGCCUGGCUCGCCUGCUGGGCGUUCACACCCAGACCCGUGCCAGCAUCAUGCAGGCCCUCUGGCUGUACAUCAAACACAACAAACUUCAGGACAGCCACGAGAAGGAGUACAUCAAUUGCAACCGCUACUUCCGCCAGAUCUUCGGGUGCAUCCGCAUGCGAUUCUCAGAGAUCCCCAUGAAGCUGGCAGGGCUGCUGCAGCACCCGGACCCCAUUGUCAUCAACCACAUCAUCAGUGUGGAUCCCAAUGAUCAGAAGAAGACUGCUUGCUAUGACAUCGAUGUGGAAGUGGAUGACCCCUUGAAGGCCCAAAUGAGCAACUUCUUGGCCUCCACCACCAACCAGCAGGAAAUUGCCUCCUUGGAUGUCAAGAUCCACGAAACCAUCGAGUCCAUCAACCAGCUGAAGACCCAGCGAGAUUUCAUGCUGAGUUUCAGCAACAGCCCCCAGGAUUUCAUCCAGGAAUGGAUCAGAUCUCAGCAGAGGGACUUGAAGAUUAUCACAGACGUGGUUGGGAACCCCGAAGAGGAGAGGCGCGCCGAGUUCUACCAGCAACCCUGGAUGCAGGAGGCUGUUGGGAGACACAUCUUUGCCAAGGUUUGGAGACUGACCUGACGCUGCCCCGAUCCAAGAUUUUUCCCAGGAUUCCAGGUGGUGCAGCAUCAUUUCAC